UAUGCUACUUGCGCCAAAACAUAGACGAAAAAGAAAAAAGGCUCUAAAAGCAAUCAUAAAUCUCCCCCUUAGGGUAGUGUGUAACACGGUAGCCUCGGUUUUGGGUCUUUUCGGCCCAUGUAAAGCUCCUGGAUUUUUGGUUCCUGAUCCCUUAUAAAUAUUCGCUCAACUCUUUGACUAUAUUUUUUAUUCAAUAUGUUAUCAUGACAUCAACGUGAAAGACUGUCCUCCCCUCCCUCCCCCCCUCCUCCCCCGUGCGUCACUCUCCGUUCCUAUCUGCCGACUGUAGUUCAAACUCCACCGUGACUCAGACCACGUUAUCUAUGAAUCUAUGGGGUUGGGUCUGGAGAUAUAAAGGGACCGGGACCAGUGUCCUCCCCACAGUCUCAGCCUCCUCCAUCUCUCACCACCAUGUGUACCGGGAAAUGUGCCAAAUGUAUCGGGAUCUCCCUGUUCCCCUUAUGUGCCGUCUCCAUCAUCUGCAAUGUGAUCCAGCUCUUUCCAGGAUGGGAUGUUAAAGCUGUAGAGAACUCAUCGGAACAGUUGACGCCAGAAGUUCUGUGGCUUGGAGGAGUGAUCGGAGGCGGAUUACUGGUGCUUGUUCCAGCCAUUCACAUCCAAGCCACCGGGCGAGAGGGCUGCUGCAAUAACCGCUGUGGGAUGUUCCUGUCCAUCAUCUUUGCCGCUGUUGGCGUUGUUGGAUCUCUCUACGGUUUCGUGGCGUCUGUGCUGGGGAUGGUGAGAGGACCGACGUGCUAUUUCAGUUACCACAAUGAAACUUCCGGCACAACCUCACAACAAUGGGGACGUCCCUUUGACUCUGAACUGAAAGAUUUCAGUGACAAAAAUUAUCUAUUCAACAAGACCAUGUGGGAUGCCUGUGAGAGCCCCAAGGGAGUGGCCGAGUUUAACAUCAUCCUGUUCUCUAUGGUCCUGGCUUCCACCGCCAUCUCUCUGAUCCUGUGCGCUGUUCAGAUGUUUAACGGUCUUUUCGGCUGCCUGUGCGGAACCUGCGGGAAAAAGGAAUAGAUGAUGAACCCAGCCGGUAACCAUGACAACUGACGCCCCCCACUGCUGACGUCAAAGGCUGGAUCCUUUGACAGCCCAUCCUGGUUGUUUGGAGAUGUCUUCCUGGUCGAACAUGUAUGAGGACUCCCAUGAGUCAGAAUGAAGGGAACCCCCCCCCCCCAGACUGACUCAUAUUUGCACUAUGGAUUCUGGGAGUCUGAUGUCUAUACAUUAUAGACAAGUUUAUAUUUUUUAUUUAUGGUUAAU